CACGCUCUCCCGUCUCCAGGCAACGGGAAAAACAGAGGCCAGCUAAGAGCGCCUGCGCGGCCGUCGGUGGAGGGAGGGUGCGCGGUAGGGAAAGCUAAGUCCUGGGGUUUCCACUGAGCAGGAGCUGUCCCCGAGAGCCUCAGGCUUCAGUCCACGCCCUGAAUGGCUGGUCUCCAGUUGGCACUGCCUCUGCCUGUGGGCAUUAUGCUCCCACAUAAUAAAACGGAAGCUCCAGAGCUCCACUCAGCUAAGCAAGACCCCUCUGAAAAAGGUGACUCUUCCAAGCGGUCCUCUAUGGGGCACCCGAGGAACAAUUUCCAGCAGAAGCUUUUGAGCAACCAAGAGCUGACGCUGGAUAAUCUCUACACUCACCCCAAAUGGAACACCUGUACGAAAGCCCGGAGCUACUCCUAUCCCCGCUGUGCUGGAAUCAGCCAGCAAGAUUCAAGAAGCAAUCCCCAGGGCCAAGCAAAGUAUUUGUUUUACUCACCAGGCCCUCAGUCCCAGUAUCCCAAAGCAAAUAACCAGGAAUUCAUCCCCUUUACAAAGAAGCGAGUUGGGGUGGACCGGGCAUACCCACUGAAACCUGUGUUUCAUCGGAAGCCCCAUAGUACAGGUGAGGCUGGCACUGAUGGAGACCAGAAUGUCUCUCCAAGACCCCCUGAGCCAAGAAAGUUUUCAUACAGUAGCUUUGGUUCAAGGAACUGGGUGAAUUCAUCUGUGGUUGGUACAGUUGCUGCCAGUCAGGAGGACAGGGUCAUGGCAAACCCCAACAGGAUGGAGUGGAUGCAGAUCCAAAGACUAGAAGCUGCAGGGGAGAGUUUAGAGGAGGAAAUCCGCAAAAAAGAGACUCUUCUGAGGGAAAAGCUGAAGAAGACAGAGGAGGAACUCAGAAGGAUCCAGAAGGAAAAAGAACAGGCUGAGGAAAAUGAAAAAAGAGAGCUACAGAGAAUGGUACUCCCCGGGAGAAGAGUUAAAAGCAAUGGCAAUACCACAUACAGACCUAUCUUCUCCCCAGAAUUAAUGUCUGAGGAGGUCUUCAGUAGAGACACAGGAGAGGAUGAAACUUGGGGACAGUCUCAAGAAAGUUCUAGUCCAUUCCAGUUCUCUGAUUAUGGAAUUCAGAAGCUCAAAAGGGAAAGACUGGUGGCAAGCAAUAACAACAUCCAAGACCGAGUCUCAGGGCGAUUGAAGGAGACGUUUUCUCAAGCUUCAGAAGCUCCCCUCGGUGCUUUGCAGAGGUCCACCAGCAAUUCUAGCUCGUCUAGGGCACCACACUCCUUGGGCUCCAGCUGUUCCACUGAAGAGCCAGAACUGAGCGAGUGCAGCCACUGUGGCCGAAAGUUUCUCUUGCUCAGGCUGGAGAAACACUCCAACAUCUGCCGCAGAAUGCAGACUUCCAAGAGGAAAGUGUUUGAUUCCUCCAGGGCCCGGGCCAAGGGCACAGAACUAGAGCAGUACUUGAACUGGAAGGGACCAGCCUCAGUCAAGGCUGAACCUCCUUGGAAGAGCAACUGGAAACAGAAGCACGAGUCUUUCAUCCGUACCCUCCGUCAGGCUCGAGAGGUCCAGCAGGUAAUCGCCAAAGGUGGCAACCCCUCCGACCUGCCUCCCAUCCUGCCUGCAGAAAAUCCAGACUAUAUUCAGUGUCCUCACUGUAGCCGCCACUUUGCUCCCAAGGUGGCAGAGUGGCACAUUCCUAAGUGUAAGACCAUCAAGAACCGCCCUCCACCUCCAAGGAAGCACUGCAGUUGAGCAGACAACAGUGGAAACCUCCAGAAGGCUCUGCUUCUCUUCAGGAGUAAAUGGGAGUAGAAUAAUUUGAUGCAGAGAAAAAAAGAACUAAAACUUUUACAUCUCCCAGGUCUGCCUGCAGAGCUGAAAUCGGUGGAGAGAGAGACCCAUUGCUAAGCAGCAGGAGGCAACAGGAAGCCUCAGCUUCCCACUAAAUCACCGUCUCCGGCGGGUGUGCCUCAUGUUAUUGCCCUAAGAACUGAUGGGUGAGGACACGUAAGAGUAGCGGGUAGGCUACAUUAAAGCUCUCUUCUUGCAAAGCCUGAUUGUGGUUUGUGCUAGUUAAGCGCCUGCAUUUUGCUGUGCCUUCUUGCUGCUGCCUCUACAUGUAUGUCUAUGGCUUCUGUUAACUCCUCUUGUUCUUGCAAGAAGUUGGCUCGUUGGUAUCAGAGGAUCAUGGUAUCUUAUAAAAAAUACAGUCUUGCCGUAAGGCAAAUGACCUCCCCGAUACACGGUUCUGGCCAAAAGUCAAUACAAGUAUGGAAGGUUCGGGCGCCAGUAUGUCCUACACCCUCCCCGUGUUGUACUGUGUAAUAAAGGGAACCUCAUCUUUACGUACAAUACUUUACAGGGUAGGGAUGGGGGAAAGAAAGCACACUAUGUCUCUGUAGUUGUUCCUUCCUAAUGGAUUUCAUAUGUCAAAAAAAAAAAAAAAAAAAAAAGGAAGGAAGGAACUUCAGUUUCAGCUAUUGCUAACACUCUGCUUUCAAAUCAGGUUGGUUUAACUUUUAAAAUGAAGCAGCAAAAUGUACCAUCAAAGCAACCUGGGACAUUCUGGUGUCACAUGUCCCUGCUGAUCACAUCACAGUAAACUUCUAUUCUAGAAAGUAAACUUUGAAGGAAAAGAUACCAGCUCUAAAAUGUUCUCUGGGCAGAAUCAUGCCUACCGCAAGUAACCUUCAUAAUUAGGCCUUCAAUAAAUGGGUUUGGGGAAUUUAAAAUUAAACAAAUGAUAAAAUGAGUGAGUCUUAGACUUGUCAAAUGCGAGAAGUGAUAAGGUAAUGUCUGAUGGGGGAGAUAUCAGUUCAGGUAGGAUGAAGCUAACACAACAGAUCUGAAAUACUAGUAAGAUUACUGUCCUGAGAGUAUCAUUCAAAUUGUUAGUUUAAAACACUGGAGAAAAAUCACCUAACCUGACCUGGGCAAAGGGGACUGUGCAGACCACAAAACCACAUUUACUAAACUACAGAUGGCCACUCUUGUUCCAUUUCCUCUGCAGCUUCUGCCGAGUGGCUGGGCUAACAGAUCAGACCAAUUUGAUAUGCAAGUUUAAGGCUUUAGCUGUGAAGCUGCUAGACACCAGGCUAAAAAUAAAUCAUGUUUAAAAAACAAAGCGUAUAUUGCUUUAUGCUCUUCCUAACUGUUACAAAGAAAGAGAGGUAUCACAUAAUAGGGCUUUUGGGUUGGUCAUUUAAAGAAAACUCACAGAGAGACUGGAUAUUUAACCCAAUAUAUACAUCGUCCAGUCAAGUUUAAUGAGGGACCCACUUUAACUUUCACACUUGAUGGUAAAAGCAAUAGGUGACUAGAAUGAGUGGUGGCCAAGGUCACACAGUGGUAGCCUGUGGACUGCUCUGCCCCACAGGUAUGUUUUAUUUGACUGACAGAGUAUUAAAAAUAUAAUCUGACAUUAAAAAAUUGGGCUAUGGAGCAUCUUUUGAAAAACUGGAAGUUCUGGAAACCCUGGGCCUGCAACCCUAUAUAGCACCAACGGAGUGGGGUUUAGAAUCAGUUGCUCCUUCCAGACGGGGUGGAGCACGCAGAUCACCACAGCCCCGCCCGGCGUGCUUCACUUAUUUGCCUUGUCUGCCUGGUCUGGAACCCCUGGAUGACAUUAUAAAGGUCACAGACCAGGGGCCUCCAGGGAGAACAAAUGUGUGUGUGUGGGGAGUGCUUUCUUAUGCUGCUAGAGGAACAAACAAUAGUCAGUGCCAUAGCGUUCCCUUUGAUCUCAACAGGUUUAGGCCUUUGAUUAUAUCAGGAAUAUCUAUUAGUCUUUUAAAUUUACCUUGAUCGGAUCUUUGGGAAGAAGAACCUUUUUCUAUCUACGUCUCUUCCUAGAUAGCAGAGGAUGACAGAGGAUAAAUAAAUGCUGCUUGUUAAUGUCCAUGUGUUAUACUACUUUAUCCAAGAACCUUUAGU